AGACCUCUGUAGCCAUGGCUAGUUCUGACGUGAAACCAAAAUCAAUAAGUCGUGCCAAAAAAUGGUCAGAUGAGAUAGAAAAUCUAUACAGAUUUCAACAAGCAGGAUAUCGGGAUGAAAUUGAAUAUAAACAAGUGAAACAAGUUUCUAUGGUAGAUCGUUGGCCAGAGACAGGAUACGUGAAGAAACUUCAGAGAAGGGACAAUACUUUCUAUUACUACAACAAACAGAGGGAAUGUGAGGACAAGGAAGUCCACAAAGUGAAAAUUUAUGCUUAUUAGGCCUCUGCUCUUUGUGUUACUUGUCAUUAUCUUUUAAGAUCUCAUUGUUUCAUUCCAUAUCAUGUAAACAUGUGUCGUUUUUAUGAAAUAAUUCAAAAGGCAGACUUCAGUUUGAAUGUUCUGAAACACAGAAGCCAUGAAAUUUGGCAUCUAUCCAUCAUCCUGUUCUGUUCUAAAAUAUAACUGCAGAAGCAUUAAAGUUGCACCUGGCUUGG